UGCAGUACUCGCCCUCGCUUCGGCGUGCUCUGCGAUUCCCAGGCGACCUCGGCGGCGGCGCCGCUCCGGCGUUGUCUACCCGACGGCUGGCUGAAAACUGCUACCUUGGUUUUGCCAGCAAGUCGUAGAACAAAAUGGAGGAAAUCAAUGGUGCUUCUGUUCAUGAUAUGGCUCUCGCUAUGGUUGCUUAUCCUGUUGUUCAUGCUGAUGACACUGCUGGAGUUCCAGUCCCCGUACAGACACUAAUGCAAUCUUUCUGGACAUCCUGUGAUAAGUGUGGAUUCCAAUUUGAAUAUGAACUUAAAUAUUUAGAUCACUUAAUGAAGUGCCGAAUGUGUUAUAAUGCAUUUGUGGCAAAGGAGACGGUUGGUCGUGCCCAUAGAAAGAAUAAAUCUGUUGUUCACAAAGGCAAGGUUUCAGGAAAACGAUUGCUGGCUCUUCCGCCUACAGAGAGUAGUGCAAGUGUUCCUGAGAGUUUUCAUCCAAUAGAAGGUCACCUGGUUAAGUCACCUGGUGCUGACUACAAGGCUGCAGAAGAUGACUGUUUUGAAAACCCAGCAGAGCCUCAAGGAAUACCAAAGGAAGCUUCUCCUGAAGCCGUUGUUGCAGAACUAAAAAGAAUACCAGACUUGUCCCGUGAUGAUUUCCUCAAGGCAUUCAAUAUACUUAGGCGCAAUGUUUUUGAGUUCAGAAUACUUGUAGCAUUUCCUAUGAACUUAAAGAAGAAAUGGCUACUAAAGGAAAUCAAGAAGCGAAACUGCUAACAUGCUAUAAUGAUAACGAUGGAGCAGCAUAUGAUGCAUGAUACUUUUUCUAUAUCAUUGGUACUGUUUAGCGACUUAGUUCGAUGUUGUAAUCAGCUGUUCUGGAUUUUUACCUUUUGAUUUUUCUAGCCGGAAUUUAUAUUUCUUGGACAGAAUUUAUCCUUCCAUUACUAUGUGUACUUUAAUUUAAUAUGUUAGUUUGUUCAUAUCUACUAGGCUGA